AUGCCGCCCUCACAGCUCAAGCAGCUGAAGGCUUCACUUCGGGACAGUGGAGUCCUUGGUCCCCAGCAGUCAAAAAAGCAGAAGCGCCAAAAUGUGAAGUCUGGUGCCGCCGCGCAGAAUCGGAACCAGCGCGAAACCGCCUUGCAAGCGAUUCGAGACCGCUUCAAUCCCUUCGAGAUCAAAGCACCUUCUGUGCGGAGCAAGUUCGAGGCGACUACUCGUGAUAGCAAUGUCAAAGCCACUGGGCGUCGUCCAGGCGUCACAAGAUCACUGGGCGAGGAAAGACGUCGUGCCACCCUUCUGAAGGAAAUGAAUAGUCGGAACAAAAUCGGUGGACUCGUUGAUCGUCGAUUUGGUGAAAAUGAUCCGACCAUGACCCCCGAGGAGCGAGCCGCGGAGCGAUUCGCAAGAGAAAGCCAGAAAAAGAUGCGCAAAGAAUCAAUGUUCAACCUGGAAGAUGAGGAAGAAGAUUUCCAACUAACCCACAUGGGCCAGUCCCUCUCAUUUGAUGGAGCAAACGUGGAUGAUUUCGAAGGCGACGACUUGGGCGGCCCGGACUCCGAUGAGGAGGAGAGCCAACGGAAGCGAAAACGGCCUAUUGGGGAGGAUGGAGAGGAAGGCGAUAUGGACGAUUUCAUCGAUUUCGGAGAUGAAGAUCAGCCUGACCGAAAGAAGUCGAAGGCCGAAGUCAUGAAGGAGGUCAUUGCGAAGUCAAAGUUCUACAAGGCCGAACGGCAAAAGGCGAAGGAGGACGAUGAGGAUCUCCGAGAUGAGCUGGAUCAAGAGCUUCCUGAUCUUUUUGAAGCCCUACGCGGCAUGAAGGCUCCGCCCAAGCCCGAACCAGUCAAGGCUGAUGUGGAUACUAUGAAUCCAGAGCGUGCCGCUAUGUUACAAGCGCCGGAGCAGAAGGACGCAGAGAAGGAAUACGACCAGCGUCUCAAACAGUUGACAUUCGAUAAGCGAUCGCAACCGACUGAUCGUACAAAGACCGAGGAGGAAAAGGCCGAGGAGGAAGCCGAGCGGCUGAAGAAAUUGGAAGAAGAUCGAGUGCGCAGAAUGCGUGGUGAGCAGCUGAGCGACGAGGAGGAAGAGGAAGAUGAUAAAGAUUCUUUCUUCAAAGAUGAUGAAGAUGAAUCCGAUAUCGAUGAUGCAGCCGCUUUUGGACUGCCCACAUCCUACGGACCCCGGCCUGAGCUGGCUGUUGAAGAUGAGGAUGAUUUCGUCAUCGAUGAUGAUCUUGUUGAGACAAGAUCGAAUGUCAGCCUCUCUUUAGAUGGCAGUGAUAUGGAAGAAGAGGAGUUAUCAGAUGAUGAAUCUGUCGAGGAGCCGGAGCAGGAGGAUGAACUCAUCAACGGAAUGACGCUGCCUACCGGAAUCGGCGCGAGCGCCGCAUCAACGGCUGUUCAAGUCAAGCAGGGCUCUGAUGGGAAAUUGGCUUUUACAUAUCCCUGCCCAGAGGACCACGAAGAGUUCCUGACGAUUAUCAACGACGUGCCUCCUCAAGAUUUGCCGACGGUCAUUCAGCGCAUUCGUGCCCUACACCACCCCCGUCUUGCUGCCAAUAACAAAGCUAAGCUCGGAAAAUUCGCCGAGAUUCUCGUCGAACAUGUCUCGUACAUGGCCAACCACAGCGAGGAGCCCUCGUUUGCUAUCAUUGAGAACAUACUCCGUCAUGUUCACUCAUUAGCCAAAACUCACCCCAUCAAUGUGGCCAUGGCCUUCCGUGCUCGUCUCCGUGAGAUCUCGAAUGAUCGCCCACUCAACCUUCUCCCCGGUGAUCUGGCCAUCUUGACAGGCAUAUCUACCAUUUUCCCUACUUCGGAUCACUUCCACUCCGUGACGACGCCUGCGCACUUGUGCCUUGCUCGAUUUCUGGGACAAGCCUCAGUCAACAGCAUCUCAGACUUGACAACCGGUGCCUUCGCCACCAGCUUGUGUCUUCAAUACCAAGCUGUUUCAAAGAGAUAUAUGCCUGAACUGAUCAACUAUAUCAUGAAUGCUCUCUGCAAUCUCGCCCCCACAGAGCUUACCACCAAGCCCGGAUUUUUUCCCUUCCGGCAAUUCCAAGAGUCUUUGAAACUGGCGCCAGUCAAGAAAGUCGCUCCCCGCAAGCUUCAAUUCCGGGAUAUCACCAUGACCCCCUCGGACUCAGAGGCUGAGGAGGAUCUGAAGAUCUCUCUCCUUGCUACAUUUGUCUCUCUCCUCGGCUCCGCGGCUGACCUCUUGGCCGAAAACUCCGCCUUCAUGGAAAUAUUUUCCCCUGUACAGACUCUGCUUCACCACCUCCGCCAAUCCUUCAAGUCGAAGGUGUUUGUGGCCGCACGGGAUCCGGUUCAGUCGGUUAUCGAUAAGAUCGACUCCCAUCUUGCCCGUGCUCGUAUUACCCGCCGUCCACUAUUCCUCCACGACCACCGCCCACUGGCCAUCAAAUCCGCCAUUCCCAAAUUUGAGGAGAAUUUCAACCCCGACAAGCAUUACGAUCCAGACCGCGAGCGUGCCGAGGCCAACCGUCUCAAGGCCGAAUACAAGCGCGAGAAGAAAGGUGCCAUGCGCGAACUGCGCAAGGACGCAAACUUUAUUGCGCGCGAGAAGCUGCGGGACAAGAAAGAGCGCGAUGCCGAGUACGAGAAGAAGUACAAGCGUCUUAUUGCGGAGAUCCAGACCGAGGAGGGCCAGGCGGCCAACGAGUACGAGCGGGCGAAGAGAGCGCGCCAAGGCAAGCGGUAA